ACGUUACGAGGUCACAGAACCGACUGCGACACACGAGCCGCCGCGCUCAGAGGCCUUUUCUCCUCGCGCGCCGCGCACUGACUGACGGGUGCGCCCCACGCGCGCCGCCGUGGCACCGGGUGUGGGAGCUCGGUGCUGUGAGUGACGGCGGCAGCUGUGGAGCUGGACCGGACGAAGAACCCCCUCAUGGGACCCCGCGCGGCACUCCUGGCGCGCCUGAUCCGGAGGCAACGUGAGGCGCGCGCAUUCCUCCACAGGAACGGAUCACAUCAAGACUUUCUCCCUCAGCUGGCACCGUGAGGGGAGAGAAAGGGCUCCGGGUCCAGCACGGAGCAGGGACUCAGACGGGCUGUGAGAGGACGUAGCAUGGGAGCGCGAUGUUGUCCCGCAAAGGACUCAUCCCUGAGGAUUACCUGCUGACGCGUUUGGCCGAGGACGUCCAGCAGCCCAAGUUCAAGACCAAACAGGGCAAGGCUCGGUUCGUGGGGAAGAACGGCACCUGCAACGUAGCGCACACCAACAUCCGGGAGCAGGGCCGGUUCCUUCAGGACGUGUUCACCACCCUGGUGGAUCUAAAAUGGAUCCACACGCUCAUCAUCUUCACCAUGUCCUUCCUGUGCAGCUGGCUGCUCUUCGGGAUGAUCUGGUGGCUCGUUGCUUUCGCGCACGGCGACCUGGACCGGAAAGAGGACGAGUUUGUCCCGUGCGUAACGGACAUCCACUCCUUCUCCUCCGCCUUCCUCUUCUCCAUCGAGGUCCAGGUGACCAUCGGCUUCGGGGGUCGGAUGGUCACGGAGGAGUGCGUCUCGGCCAUCAUCAUCCUCAUAGUGCAGAACAUCGUGGGGCUGGUCAUCAACGCCAUCAUGCUCGGCUGCAUCUUCAUGAAAACGGCGCAGGCCAACAGGCGCGCGGAGACGCUCAUCUUCAGCAAGCACGCGGUGGUCUCCCUGCGCAACAACAGGCUGUGCUUCAUGAUCCGCAUCGGGGACCUGAGGAAGAGCAUGAUCAUCAGCGCCACCGUGCGCAUGCAGGUGGUCAGGAGAACCGCCACGGAGGAGGGGGAGGUGGUGCCGCUGGACCAGAUCGACAUCCACAUGGAUAACCCGGUGGGCACCAACGGGAUCUUCCUCGUGUCCCCCCUCAUCAUCGCUCACGUGAUCGACAGGAGCAGCCCCCUGUACGAGCUGUCGCCUUCCGACCUGCAGCAGCAGGACAUCGAGAUCAUCGUGGUGCUGGAGGGGGUGGUGGAGACCACCGGCAUCACCACGCAGGCCAGGACUUCCUACGUGUCCGAGGAGAUCCUGUGGGGGCAGCGCUUCGUGCCGACGGUCUCGGAGGAGGACGGGAUGUACGCAGUGGACUACUCCAAGUUCGGCAACACCGUGAGGGUCGCGACUCCGUGCUGCAGCGCCAAGGAGCUGGAGGAGGCAGGGGGGAUCGCGCGCUUUAGGCUGCAGGAGGGCGCCACCUUCCGGACGACCGCGAGAAGGAGAGCCGGUGCCGCGACGCGUAAAACCAGGAAGAAGCAGUGAUCUGCUCCAGCUCUGGUGUAAUAACCAAAUCUUUUGAUUCAGAAAUGAUCAAUGAUCCUUCACCUCAGAGUGACAACAUGACGGUGAAUAUCUGAGCCCUGGUAUCCAGAGUGAGAUCAGGUCUGCCUGCAUGGAUUUAAACAAAUAACUAAUAUUUAUUAUAGAGACAGUUUAUGGGGUUUAUGGAUUGACAAGCGCAAAAGAUGUGCAUUUGCUUUUUAUCUGCUGUGGGAAGUGGGGGUGCUGAUGGUGCUCCAGCGCCCCCUGAUGGAUGCCAAAAGGAAAUGCUAAUCCCAUUUCAAUAAUAUGAAAUAAAAGGUUUUAAUAGUGCUUCAUGGGUUUAAAUUGUGUUUAAUUAAUCUGAUCGACUAUAUGAACCAGCUAACACACUCAGCACCACCAGCUGAAACUUGUUCCCACCACUUCGGCUGCUUUUCCACAGAAUUAACAGAGGGAAAGUAUACGCCUUAUUUUUUAUAGAUGAGGUUAACUUAAUGCAAAACAAGCCGAAUGCUCAUGUCCCAGAUCACUGAGGGUUUGAAUACUGAAUGUAUUCUUCCAGAUGUGUUUGGAUUGGAUCCAAG